GCUUAAACCCUAGUAGAACAACUAUAGAAGAGCUCAUUUUUGCUUCUUAGCCUUCUUAAGCCCCUGGAGUCUUCUUCACUUCAUUUCUCUGCUUCGUGGUUUGAAGGAGCUUAAAACCAGAAAGUAGAAUAAAAUCAUUAUGGCAUUUUCUAGUAGAAUUGGUGGCCUUAUGAGGCAGAGCAUGUCAAAGAACAUUGUAUCAAAUGGACCGGUUCCUGUCCCAGCUAUGGUUAAUGCCAUUCGUUGUAUGGCUACAAAGCUUUUCAUUGGAGGUCUUUCAUAUGGGACUGAUGAUCAGUCACUCAAAGAUGCAUUUUCUAGUUUUGGUGAUGUAACUGAAGCAAGGGUUAUCACUGACAGAGACACUGGAAGGUCCAGGGGAUUUGGUUUUGUGAACUUCAGCACUGAUGAGUCUGCAAGUUCAGCACUAGCCAUGGAUGGCCAGGAACUAAAUGGGCGGAAUAUUCGUGUUAGCUAUGCUAAUGAUCGACCGCGUGGUGGCAAUUUUGGUGGCGGAGGCUUUGCUACUGGUUACCGCGGUGAUGGAGGAAGGGAUGACGGGUUCUAAGGACUAUUAGCUUUUUGUAGGUAUGCAGGUGCUCUUAAGUUUUGCCGGGUUCUUCUUCUUCUUUUAAUGGAUUUGGUAGACCACAUCGAUAUGAUUUUAAUACAAGUUGUCUACGCCUGUUUCUUCUUGCUUA